AUGGCAUUGGACACGCUCCUCCCAGCCCAGAGCACUGAAGCUCUCGCGAUAACCAGCAACGACGCAGCGUGCGCGGACCCUGAAGACGAGGCUCCGUCGGACUUCACUUACAGCGAUGGAAUCCUGAAAUGGGACUCUUCUGAGAUCCGCGACGACGAUGUCAUCAUCGUGAUCAAUACCUUGGGCGGUACAGCCGAAUACACAAUAUUCAGUCUGGAAGCGGAGAAGGAGGAGGAGAAAGGUGAGGGGGAAGUGGAGGGCCAGACGAAGCGCCCGUUCAAGCUGCGGACCACAAAUGCUAUGAUCCUGCCGCAGGAGUUUCUGAAUAAGUUUCAGUUCCAGGGACUGCCUCCCUAUCUGCAAUCUGCGAAGGAUGUAUAUGUGCUUAUCUCGACGCUGUCUGGUACUGGUCUGGCCGUGGCCUUCUUCGAUGACAUCUUGCAUCCUCUGCUUCGGGCAGUAGGUUUCGAGGAUUCAAGGUAUACGGUUCUCAAGACGAAGAAUGCGGACUCUGUGAAGGAGUUCACGCAAUUCAACUUGGUUGAUCGUGCGAGCGAUGGAAAGGAGCAAGUGGUUAUCAUGUUGAGCGGAGAUGGAGGGAUCGUGGACACGAUCAAUACUCUGUUGCAAGAAAAGGGGCGACCAAGCUCAUACACAAAGCCGACGUUUGUUCAACUUCCCCUCGGUACCGGCAAUGCGCUCUUCCACUCCCUCCACAAACCAUCCACUCUCCCCUCUAUCUACAUCCAAGGUCUCCGGACCCUCCUCCACGGCUCGCCCAAAGCCCUCCCCAUAUUCAAAGCCACUUUCUCGCCAGGCGCCCGGCUCCUUACCAACGAAGGGCAAACUGCAACUUCAUUACCAGACAAUGCUGUUUAUGGGGCAGUCGUAGCAAGUCACGGCCUGCACUCAACUCUAGUUGCAGACUCCGAUACGACUGAAUACCGCAAACACGGUGACAAGCGCUUUGGGCUCGUUGCAAAUGACCUCCUAUAUCCCAAAGACGGAGCACCGCACAAGUACAAGACAGACGUGACGUUUUUCAAGGGCUCGAAAGAAGAACUUCUGGAGCGCCAAGAACACGGCUACGUCCUCGCAACACUAGUCAGUAACCUGGAGCGUUUGUUCACCAUCUCACCCGAGAGUAAGCCCUUCGAAGCAGCUUUGCGGGUGGUACACUUCGGGACGCUUAGUGGAGACGAAGCUAUGGAAGUUAUGAAAGCGGCAUAUGACAAUGGGCGGCAUGUACAGAAUCAAGCAGUUGGGUAUGACAAGGUAGAUGGGAUUAAAAUCCUGUUCAGAGAGGAGGGUGAGGAUUGGAAGUGGAGGAGAUGUUGUAUCGAUGGAUCGAUUGUGGGGGUUGAGGAUGGUGGGUGGAUGGAAGUUCGGGUUUUGGGUGAGGGGCAGGAGGCGAUUAACGUUGUGGCUGACUGA